AAUUUUAAAAUGAUUUUAGAAUUAAAUUUUGCGUUAAAAUAAUUUUUUAUUAACAUAAACACAUGUCGGUUCAGCUUACGAAAGUGAGACUGAAUGAUCAAUUUGAAUAUUUCCCAAACUUCAGGGAUUUAUAAUUUUGAAUUAAAAGACCAUGGGUUCAGUUUGAGUUUGAUCCUAAGUUCAGGGGUGCUUUUGCAUUUUCCCUUCUUUUUCAAUCUACUAUAUUCUAAUAUACCAAAAACUGAAGUGGCUGAUAGUUUACAUUGAAGGAUAAGGCUUGGUCGUCUAUUCAGUGUACUUCACAUUAUGAGGCAUUAAGAGGAUCUAUUGGCAUGAAAUUACUGUGGAGUAUUUGGGGCUUUUAGAGUUUCUAGAAAGGAUACCCUUUUCUUUUGGACAUCAGCCUUGGGAAAAAUAUUCUAAUUGGAGGGUGGGGUUAUGUAUUAAACAAAAUAUCAUUCUAUUGGAUCACUUUUGUAUGUGCAUAAGGAGCUGGGGGAGGCUACUGAUCGCUUGCUACUUCAUUUUGCAGUUGCCAAGGACUUGAUCUCUUCUUCUUUUUUUGGAGAUAUUUUCAGUUAAAUUUGUGAUAGUGCUUGUGUUUUUUUGUUGGCAAGGAAUGUUUGGAAAACAUAUAAUCAGUGCAAAUUUGGAGUGGUGCCCUGCUUUGCCUUAUUCAGAUAGAGAAAACCUUACAUUCAACAGCAUUGAGUUACCUACUCUCAAGUAAAAAUGUGUAGUUCUGCAUAAUCUGUUGUGAUUGAUCUAAUGUGACUGGCAACAUCUCUUCUCUUUCUUUUGUGGAUUUCCUUGAUGAUAUUUGUUUGUAAUUCUUUAGGAGACUCUUUAUAAAACUUGUAUACCAAGGUUUCUCCUCUUUCUAAUAAAAAUUUCAAAUUACUUUUAAAAGAAUCACAUAAUAAGAAAUAAAAAAAAUCAUAUUUUGCCAAUUCAAUGUACAUGAGAGAACCAGUUUGUGGGAUGGAGAAUUUUAGCAUUCUAAGUUUUCCACUACUUAUUUUAACUGACUUGUCUACAUGUCUUUGGAGUAGUAAGGUACCUUGGUUAUUGACUACCUGUUUAGUCAAAACGAAAAUGCAAUUAUUGUUAUCUCUCUCUCUCUCCUUUUAUUCUUUUCUUUACCUCCAUUGUUUUAAUUUUCUUGAGAUAUAAUUUUUUUUUUUUUUAAUCUUUGUUGCUAUGAGUUCCAUUCAGGACUUCUAUUAUGCUUGAAAAUGAGCAAAGUUAGAUCUGAGCGAGCUUCAUCUGAAAUGUGGAAGGUUUCAGGUUUAGCUGUUGUUUCUGUGAUCUGUUUCACUUCAAGUUCUUUUGUUGCUCUUUUAACUGAUAUUCCGAUGCUAUAUCACCGGCCGCAACAUCCCAUGACAGUUGUUUAUACGUCUCUCUUGCUCAUUUUGUAUUAUUUUAUAGGUUCAUCAACACCCUCAGCUUUUAUAUUAUGGAUCAUGAGAGAAUUACCACCAUUAAAAGCAGAAAACAUACAAGAAGCAAGUACAAUAACUUUCAUCACUGAUAGUUCAGCAGUAAUACAACAUCCUCAGCGCUGGACAACUUCAACGAGCUUGCAGAAUCAGAUAUCAAGAGUGAGUCCAAUAUAAUUGCCUUUCUGGAUGCAAAUGGGUGCUCUCUUUCUGCCAAAUUAGAGAACAAGGCUUGGAAUUUAUAAUUGAUUGAGAAUGGCUUGGUUGUUACCUUGAGAGGUAUCAACACAAGCGGCUGAGUUACAUCCUUGACUGGCAGUCAGACAGCCGUAAGGUUGCUGUUGCCCAUGGUUUUGACAUUCUUGGCAUGUAUAUAUUGAAAGUAUGCUAAGUGAGGGAUUUUUUUGUGUAUGCACUAGUUCCAAAAAUUUUGAGGUGCAAUUUUUUUCCACUGGUGAAUUCAAAAUGCCUUGCAUUUUA